UAAUGUGCAGUAGUGCAUAUAUGAUACAUCAAAUUGGGAAGAAACGCCAUCUACCUCGAUCUCAAGCGGGGCAGAACGAGGAUUAGGAGUUCUAUUCCACACAAUUGGCGAGGCCUUUCGUUUCUCCUCCUUUAUCUCGUCUUAAUUCGUCUCCCUCGAUGGGCAACACCUCCUCCAUGCUCACCCAAUACGACAUCGAAGAAGUCCAGGAGCACUGCAACCACGCCUUUUCGCAGCAAGAGAUUGUAUCUCUGUACCACAGAUUCUGCCAGCUCGAUCGUAACAGCAGUGGAUUUAUCCCCGGGGAUGAGUUCUUGUCAGUGCCGGAGUUCGCAGUUAAUCCGCUUUCUCAGAGGCUACUAAGGAUGCUGGACGGCUUAAAUUUUAAAGAAUUUGUUGCUUUCCUUUCUGCUUUCAGUCCGCGGACAAGCUUGCAGCAAAAAAUCGAAUUUAUAUUCAGGGUCUAUGAUUUUGAUUCCAAUGGAAGAGUCACAUUCGAUGAUAUAUUGGGCGUAUUACGAGACUUGACGGGUUCUUUUAUAAGCGAGCAGCAGAGGCAGAAAGUUUUGACCCGUGUCCUUGAAGAAGCUGGCUACACAAAAGAUUCAUCGCUCGUCUUGUCUGACUUCAUGAAGAUUCUUGGCAACUCUGAUUUGAAGAUGGAGGUUGAAGUUCCUAUUGAUUGAGAAGCAUUGCCAAGAAAUAUUUUCUUUUCCUACUAGAGUCUGAUCUGUUGAUGAUGAAGCAAGAUACAUCUCUCCUUUCCCUCCUUUUUUUAAAUUCUGUUAAUUCUUCACAAUAUUUGUUGAAAUUUCAAGAGAUUCAUGACCACGUAAUAGGAUUUCUAUGCUUUUUUCUGCAUUGGGUGUUGCUCUAGUCAUGUCUUUUCCAAACUUGGAGAACUUUGUUGAUCCAAGCAUCAUGAUCAUGUAUAUUUAAUUUUUAGAUUGA